AUGGUCACAGCUCUCCCUCCUCCCUCCCUCCUCCCUCCCUCCUCCCUCCCUCCUGCCUCCCUCCUCCCUCCCUCCUCCCUCCCUCCUCCCUCCCUCCUCCCUCCCUCCUGCCUCCCUCCUGCCUCCCUCCUCCCUCCCUCCUCCCUCCCUCCUGCCUCCCUCCUCCCUCCCUCCUGCCUCCCUCCUGCCUCCCUCCUCCCUCCCUCCUCCCUCCCUCCUGCCUCCCUCCUCCCUCCCUCCUCCCUCCCUCCUCCCUCCAAUGGCCCUCUGCCCCAGCCCUCUGCCCCCAGCCCUCUGCCCCAGCCCUCUGCCCCCAGCCCUCUGCCCCAGCCCUCUGCCCCCAGCCCACUGCCCCCAGCCCUCUGCCCCAGCCCUCUGCCCCAGCCCUCUGCCCCAGUCCUCUGCCCCAGCCCUCUGCCCCCAGCCCUCUGCCCCAGCCCUCUGCCCCAGCCCUCUGCCCCCAGUCCUCUGCCCCAGCCCUCUGCCCCCAGCCCUCUGCCCCAGCCCUCUGCCCCAGCUCUCUGCCCCCAGUCCUCUGCCCCAGCCCUCUGCCCCAGCCCUCUGCCCCCAGCCCUCUGCCCCAGCCCUCUGCCCCAGCCCUCUGCCCCCAGUCCUCUGCCCCAGCCCUCUGCCCAGCCCUCUGCCCCAGCCCUCUGCCCCAGCCCUCUGCCCCAGCCCUCUGCCCCAGCCCUCUGCCCCAGCCCUCUGCCCCCAGUCCUCUGCCCCAACCCUCUGCCCCAGCCCUCUGCCCCAGCCCUCUGCCCCAGCCCUCUGCCCCAGCUCUCUGCCCCCAGUCCUCUGCCCCCAGCCCUCUGCCCCAGCUCUCUGCCCCCAGUCCUCUGCCCCAACCCUCUGCCCCAGCCCUCUGCCCCCAGCCCUCUGCCCCCAGUCCUCUGCCCCAGCCCUCUGCCCCAGCCCUCUGCCCCAGCCCUCUGCCCCCAGCCCUCUGCCCCAACCCUCUGCCCCAGCCCUCUGCCCCAGCCCUCUGCCCCCAGUCCUCUGCCCCAGCCCUCUGCCCCAGCCCUCUGCCCCAGUCCUCUGCCCCAGCCCUCUGCCCCAGCCCUCUGCCCCAGCCCUCUGCCCCCAGUCCUCUGCCCCAACCCUCUGCCCCAGCCCUCUGCCCCAGCCCUCUGCCCCAGCCCUCUGCCCCAGCUCUCUGCCCCCAGUCCUCUGCCCCAGCCCUCUGCCCCCAGCCCUCUGCCCCAGCUCUCUGCCCCCAGUCCUCUGCCCCAACCCUCUGCCCCAGCCCUCUGCCCCCAGCCCUCUGCCCCCAGUCCUCUGCCCCAGCCCUCUGCCCCAGCCCUCUGCCCCAGCCCUCUGCCCCCAGCCCUCUGCCCCCAGCCCUCUGCCCCAGCCCUCUGCCCCAGCUCUCUACCCCCAGCCCUCUGCCCCAGCUCUCUGCCCCAGCCCUCUGCCCCAGCCCUCUGCCCCCAGCCCUCUGCCCCAGUCCUCUGCCCCCAACCCUCUGCCCCAGCCCUCUGCCCCAGUCCUCUGCCCCCAGCCCUCUGCCCCCAGCCCUCUGCCCCCAGCCCUCUGCCCCCAGCCCUCUGCCCCAGCCGUCUGCCCCAGCCCUCUGCCCCAGCCCUCUGCCCCAGCCCUCUGCCCCCAGCUCUCUGCCCCCAGCCCUCUGCCCCCCCUGCUCUCUGCCCCCAGCCCUCUGCCCCCAGCCCUCUGCCCCCAGCCCUCUGCCCCCUGCUCUCUGCCCCAGCCCUCUGCCCCAGCCCUCUGCCCCCAGCCCUCUGCCCCCUGCUCUCUGCCCCCAGCCCUCUGCCCCCAGCCCUCUGCCCUCUGCCCCUGCUCUCUGCCCUCUGCCCCAGCCCUCUGCCCCAGCCCUCUGCCCCAGCCCUCUGCCCCAGCCCUCUGCCCCAGCCCUCUGCCCCCUGCCCUCUGUCCCCAGCCCUCUGCCCCAGCCCUCUGCCCCAGCCCUCUGCCCCAGCCCUCUGCCCCAGCCCUCUGCCCCCAGCCCUCUGCCCCAGCUCUCUGCCCCCAGCCCUCUGCCCCAGCCCUCUGCCCCAGCUCUCUGCCCCAGCCCUCUGCCCCAGCCCUCUGCCCCAGCCCUCUGCCCCCAGCCCUCUGCCCCCUCCCCUCUGCCCCCAGCCCUCUGCCCCAGCCCUCUGCCCCAGCCCUCUGCCCCAGCCCUCUGCCCCAGCCCUCUGCCCCAGCCCUCUGCCCCAGCCCUCUGCCCCAGCCCUCUGCCCCCAGCCCUCUGCCCCAGCCCUCUGCCCCAGCCCUCUGCCCCAGCCCUCUGCCCCAGCCCUCUGCCCCAGCCCUCUGCCCCAGCCCUCUGCCCCCAGCCCUCUGCCCCCAGCCCUCUGCCCCAGCCCUCUGCCCCAGCCCUCUGCCCCGCCCUCUGCCCCAGCCCUCUGCCCCAGCCGUCUGCCCCAGCCCUCUGCCCCAGCCCUCUGCCCCAGCCCUCUGCCCCCAGCCCUCUGCCCCAGCCCUCUGCCCCAGCCCUCUGCCCCAGCCCUCUGCCCCAGCCCUCUGCCCCAGCCCUCUGCCCCAGCCCUCUGCCCCAGCCGUCUGCCCCAGCCCUCUGCCCCAGCCCUCUGCCCCAGCCGUCUGCCCCAGCCCUCUGCCCCAGCCCUCUGCCCCCAGCCCUCUGCCCCAGCCCUCUGCCCCCAGCCCUCUGCCCCAGCCCUCUGCCCCCAGCCCUCUGCCCCCUCCCCUCUGCCCCCAGCCCUCUGCCCCAGCCCUCUGCCCCAGCCCCUCUGCCCCCUGCCCUCUGCCCCCAGCCCUCUGCCCCCAGUCCUCUGCCCCAACCCUCUGCCCCAGCCCUCUGCCCCAGCCCUCUGCCCCCAGCCGUCUGCCCUCUGCCCCCAGCCCUCUGCCCCCAGCCCUCUGCCCCAGCCCUCUGCCCCAGCCCUCUGCCCCAGCCCUCUGCCCCAGCCCUUGUCUAUCGUGGAAAGCUCUGGGCUCAAACAACUCAUGUCCGUUGCUUCAAUCUGCCAUGGCGGAGAUAUCUGCCUGAUGUCUGCCUGA